AUGCGGGCCUCCGUCGAGGAGGCGGGCGCGCUCCUGGCGCGGAGCGACUCGGCCGGCCGCCGCCGCCGCUCCUCGUCGCCCGUGCAGACCGCGCCCCCGAGGCCCGGUAGCCUGAGGCGCCAGUCGUCGUCGUUCCGGGAGGACGUGGGGCACGCCGCCUCCGAGACUUACCUCGUCUCGCGCCUCACCUUCACCCUCCUCCAGUACCUCGGGUUAGGUUACCGAUGGAUGUCACAACUCCUUUCACUCACAAUCUAUGCAAUUUUACUUAUGCCAGGAUUCCUACAAGUUGGAUAUUACUAUUUCUUUUCGAGCCAGGUUCGUAGAAGUGUAGUCUAUGGAGACCAACCCAGAAACAGGUUGGAUCUAUACAUACCAGAAGAUAAUAGUAGGCCCUGCCCAGUGAUGGCCUUUGUAACUGGUGGAGCAUGGAUUAUUGGUUACAAGGCAUGGGGUGCUCUUCUAGGACGACGAUUGGCAGAGCGAGGAAUAAUAGUUGCUUGCAUUGAUUACAGAAAUUUCCCACAAGGUACAAUAGGCGACAUGGUUCAUGAUGCUUCUCAGGGUAUUUCUUUUGUGUGCAACAACAUCGCCAGCUAUGGAGGAGAUCCUAAUCAGAUCUACUUGAUGGGUCAGUCAGCAGGUGCACAUAUUGCUGCCUGUGCCCUCAUGGAGCAAGCAGUAAAAGAAUCUGGUGGCCAUCCUGUUUCUUGGAGUGUUACCCAAAUCAAAGCAUACUUCGGUUUAUCUGGAGGAUACAACAUACAUAAUUUGGUUGACCAUUUCCACGAGCGUGGUCUUUAUCGCUCAAUAUUCCUCAGCAUAAUGGAAGGAGAGGAAUCAUUGUCACGAUAUUCUCCUGAAAUUGUUGCCAAGACGUCAAGUGCUGAAACCGUAGCUCUUCUGCCUCUUAUUGUUCUUAUGCAUGGAACUGGAGAUUAUUCAAUACCAUCAUCUGCCAGCCUUCUCAAUUUCAUGUUACGAGCUACUCUAUCUUCCAUGCGCAGUCAAACUUUUGCUGACGUCCUGCAACAAGUUGGUGCUCAAGCAAGGCUUGUAAUACGUUUUCUGCGCCUCGUUCCAAAAUCCUGUGGGAUGAAUGAGCCGCUACUGCCGGAGUUCUCGGUUGGUAGCCAUGGCUGUUGCGUGACCUCGGUCUCCGGCGCGGGGUGGGCCGUGGGCGGUCUCAGCUGCCGGUGGUGGCAAGUAGGGGGUGACGCAUUCGGCCACGCCGGCGCUUCCAUGCACCUCUGUCUCCAGCUUCCUCCUCAUCAUCGAUUGCCACAUGCGAAUGCCAGAACUACCCUGGAAGCUAGGAAGGGUGUUGGCAAGGCUUUUAUCACUGCCUUCCGCUCUGGCGCUGUUAUGGGUUUCCUGCUUGCAUCAAGUGGGCUUGUGGUUCUGUACAUCACCAUUAAUGUAUUUAAGUUGUAUUACGGUGAUGACUGGGAGGGUCUUUUUGAGUCCAUUACUGGUUAUGACCUUGGUGGGUCAUCCAUGGCUCUCUUCAGAAGAGUUGGUGGAGGCAUCUACACAAAGGCUGCUGAUGUUGGUGCCGAUCUUGUUGGAAAGGUGAUUGCUGAUAAUGUCGGUGACAAUGUUGGUGACAUUGCUGGAAUGGGAUCUGAUCUCUUUGGGUCAUAUGCUGAGUCUUCCUGUGUUGCCCUUGUUGUUGCGUCUAUUUCAUCUUUCGGAAUCGACCAUGAUUUCACUGGGAUGUGCUACCCACUCCUUGUUAGCUCUGUUGGUAUCAUCGUCUGCUUGAUCACCACCCUUUUUGCUAAUGAUUUCUUUGAAGUCAAGGCUGUGAAGGAAAUUGAGCCUGCACUUAAGAAGCAGCUAAUCACCUCCACCGUCCUGAUGACUGUUGGUAUUGCUGUAAUCAGCUGGUUGGCCCUUCCAGCUGUUCACCAUCUACAACUUCGGGGCUUGUUCUUCUGUGUUGCAAUUGGUCUGUGGGCUGGUCUGAUUAUUGGUUUUGUCACAGAAUACUACACUAGCAAUGCAUACAGUCCUGUGCAAGAUGUCGCUGAUUCAUGCAGAACUGGUGCUGCCACUAAUGUCAUUUUUGGUCUCGCUCUUGGAUACAAGUCGGUUAUCAUCCCGAUUUUCGCUAUCGCUAUUAGCAUCUAUGUCAGUUUCUCCAUUGCUGCAAUGUACGGCAUCGCAGUUGCCGCUCUUGGUAUGCUGAGCACAAUAGCAACUGGUCUUGCUAUUGAUGCUUAUGGUCCCAUCAGUGGCAAUGCUGGUGGUAUUGCUGAGAUGGCUGGAAUGAGCCACAGAAUCCGUGAGAGAACUGAUGCUCUUGAUGCUGCUGGCAACACAACUGCUGCUAUUGGAAAGGGAUUUGCCAUUGGUUCAGCUGCUCUUGUGUCCCUGGCGCUUUUUGGCGCCUUCGUCAGCAGAGCUGGAGUGACGGUUGUCGAUGUCCUCUCCCCGAAGGUUUUCAUUGGUUUGAUUGUUGGAGCCAUGCUUCCCUACUGGUUCUCUGCCAUGACCAUGAAGAGUGUUGGAAGUGCCGCCCUGAAGAUGGUGGAGGAGGUCCGCAGGCAGUUCAACACCAUUCCUGGGAUAAUGGAGGGAACUGCCAAGCCCGACUAUGCAACCUGUGUGAAGAUCUCCACUGAUGCUUCCAUCAAGGAGAUGAUUCCCCCAGGUGCUCUGGUCAUGCUCACUCCCCUCAUUGUUGGAACCCUCUUCGGUGUUGAGACUCUUUCUGGCGUUCUUGCUGGUGCCCUGGUUUCUGGAGUGCAGAUUGCCAUCUCUGCUUCCAACACCGGUGGUGCAUGGGACAAUGCCAAGAAGUACAUUGAGGCUGGUGCCAGCGAGCACGCGAGGACCCUUGGCCCCAAGGGAUCUGACUGCCACAAGGCUGCUGUGAUCGGUGACACCAUUGGUGACCCCCUGAAGGACACCUCGGGCCCGUCCCUCAACAUCCUCAUCAAGCUCAUGGCCGUGGAGUCCCUCGUGUUUGCCCCCUUCUUCGCCACCCAAGGUGGCAUUCUGUUCAAGUAUCUGUAA